UGCUAUCCUUUUGUUCCUCUGCUCUAUAUUUUCUCCCCAAAUUUAUUACUAGUUUACUACACUCUCCAACAAAGAAGGAAAAGAGAGAGAACCGCCAGAAAAAUCAGCAAUUACAUCCCUUCCAAAUUUGCAGCAGGUUUCUAGCCGCCAUAGCCGCCGCAAACGGUGCCUCUCUCACGCACCAACCAACCAAUGAAAAAAUGUAAGACAAGUGCCACAAAUGGAAAACGACAACGACAACACCUCCCCUUCAAGAACUGUCAGCCCCGCCGCCAACAACGACAACACCGCCACCAACAUUGACAACACCGCCACUAAUUCAAGAAUUGCCAGCACCAUCGCCAACAAUGACAACACCGCCGCCACUACUUCAAGAACUCCCAGCAUCGCCGCCAACAACGACAACACCGCCACUAUUAUAAGAACUGCCAGCGGCGCCUACAACAAAAACGCUUGCGCUGCUUGCAGUUACUUGCGCAAAAAAUGCACCGCCGAUUGUAUUCUAGCACCGUAUUUCCCUCAAAGCCGCCGGGGACAGUUCGCCAACGCGCUUCGACUCUUCACCGUCAGCAAAAUGAUCAGCAUCAUCAAGAAUAUGGACCCCCGAACCCGAGACGACGCCAUGACCGCAAUUCGGUACCAGUCUGAUGUUCGAGCCAGGGACCUUGUUGGGGGCUGUUACAGAUACAUACAGCACCUGGAUUCUGAGAUUGCGCAGCGCCAGAACGAGCUGAAUGAGUUUCGAACACUGCUCGAAUAUUACAGAAGGCCAUUCAUUCAAGAAAUGAUGCCACAGCCACAACAAAAUCACCCUGGUUUUCAAGAUGAGAUACCAUUGAUGUUUCAGGAUGAUAACAAAGAACAAGAAGGAGACGAGAAUGAUGAUCAGAAGAAUGUUCUUGAACUGAAUAAAAAAAUGAAAUAACCUUGGUGUGGUGCAGUGAUGAUGAAGUGGUUUUAUUUAAGAUUGACAAGGUAGAAGGUUUUGCUGAUUGCAUUCAACAAACUCAACCCUGAUCAGAAAGGUGAAACAAUUUUGUUCAUUUGUUCCUACAAAUCAAACUAGCUAGGGUGUUAGAGAUUGUAGAAAUUAUAUGCUCGUUUUUACAGGAACUCUUAAGAGUACUUCCUCCACAUUGUGUCCAACUUUAGUGACACGGUUUUCUUUUUGUACUCCUAAGAGUUGUUUGUUUAUAUAAGCAUUACCUCAACAUUUUGUACUGAUGUUCUAUCCCCUGCUCUCAGAGUAAAAGCACAGAUUUGUUUACCAU